UACUCGAAGAGAGAGAAAGAGGAGAGAGAGGGGUUUUACUGCUCGAAGAGAGAGAAAGAGAAGAGAGAGAUUUUGUAGUCGACCAAAUGGACACAUAAAUGUAGGAUCCAAGACAAAUGAGAAGCCUCACGAUACAAUGUACAAUCUAUUUAAAGUAGACAGAUAUGACCCUCCUCAAAUUCUAUAAUGACGGAAUUGCCCCUAUUAAGGCUUCUUCAAUUCAGUCUCUUACUGCAAAGCAGCUCUCCAUGUUCCCGAGUCAGGAGAAAAUAAGAAAAGGAGAAAUAAAUAUUCCUCUUUUUCAUAAUUCUUUGGACUCUCCUGUUCAUAGGAAAUGAUCAUGGCCGUAAGUUUCAAUCUGCUUCGUUGGAUCGAUGCGAUCGAAUGCGAUGAUCUCAUAAUCGAAAAUUGGGAGUUGAGGACUCCCGAGGAUCCACGUUGCAAAAGAGCAUAGUGUGUAUCUACUCCCUCGGGCAUACUUAGUAGGAGUUUUUUUCGAUUUUGAAUUUUAUUUUGGACUCUAAUUAGAAUUGUCAUAUGAGAAAUUUUGAUCAAAAGAAAAUUAGGUUUCGGGUUUCUAAAUACUUAGAUCUAAUUGUUCUCGACAGCCUCUUUUCAAUCUUAAGACGUUAUUUUUUUUUAUUUUUUUUUGUGGCACAUAUAUAGUCUACAUGAAUUUUCUUUGUCCUUUCUCCUCGUAUUGAUGUUGGCAAAGUUCUUAGACAAUACAAUGAAGUCGUACUAGAGGGAGUAAAUGUUGAAUACUGUAUGCAUUUAUUUUCUAAAUUUUGGAGCAGUUAGCUUUUUGUCUGUUUCUCUCUCUAGUUUUUUUCUCUCUCCUAUGUACUUGCAGUGAACAAAUGAGCUUUGGCAAGGUGAGGAUGGUGAUGCGUGCAAAGAGAAUUUGUCGCCAAGCCAACAAUAAAUUGGUGAAUAGUAACCGAAAAGGUCCUGGGUGUUCUUCAAUAGCUUAUGGUGCAUCUGAAGAGAUUGGGCCAUUUCGAAUAAAAAAAUCGGCCUCAGGCCUCUACCUUAACAAGUUCUCAUGGAACAAAGUUGCAAACCUCUUGUUCCUUGAAUCACCAGUUGGAGUUGGUUACUCAUAUACAAAUACAUCCUCAGAUCUCACAAACUUUGGAGACCUUCAAACUGCCAAGGACUCCUUGCAGUUCUUGUUAAGGUGGUUCGAUCGUUUUCCACGGUACAAAAAUAGAGAGCUUUAUUUGACAGGGGAGAGCUAUGCUGGUCACUACGUUCCUCAAUUGGCUCAUCAGAUUCUCCAAUAUAACUCAAGGGCUCCGCAUGGCAUCAACCUCAAAGGAAUUAUGGUUGGAAAUGCAGUUACAGACAACUACUAUGACAACUUGGGGACAGUGACAUACUGGUGGAGCCAUGCUAUGAUCUCUGAUAAAACCUACAAGAACAUACUAAAAUCCUGUGACUUCCAUCUUGAAAACCUUACAGGGGCUUGUGAUCGCUGGUUCACGUAUGCAACGAGUCGAGAAUUCGGAAACAUCGAUCAGUACAAUAUAUAUGCACCCCCUUGCAACUCGUCUGAUGGCGCAACAACCACCAGAAGGACACUGUCUUCACCCCUUCGCUUCAAAACUUCGGUUAUUGGAGGAUAUCGAGGAGGAGGAUAUGAUCCUUGCACUGAGAAGUAUGCUGAAAUAUAUUAUAACCGCCCCGAUGUUCAAAAGGCUCUUCAUGCCAACACCACCAAUAUCUCUUAUAAAUGGACGGCUUGCAAUGAAAUUCUGAACCGGAAUUGGAAGGACUCGGCUAAUUCCAUUCUACCAAUCUACAAGGAAAUGAUCGCCGCCGGAUUGAGGGUUUGGGUUUUCAGUGGAGAUGUAGAUUCUGUUGUUCCUGUGACUGCAACUAGAUUUUCACUUGCACGCCUCCGGCUAUCAACAAAGAUACCAUGGCACCCAUGGUAUGUUAAAAAGCAGGUGGCAGGAUGGACAGAGGUUUAUGAAGGGCUGACAUUUGCUACCGUGAGAGGAGCAGGUCAUGAGGUGCCUCUUUUCAAGUCUAGAGCAGCCUUUCUCCUCUUCAACUCAUUCUUGGGUGGAAAACCUCUCCCAAACUCCUAGAUUGGAUUCACAAAAGGAGAAAGCUUGCAAUUGCUCUUUGAUUCAGGCAACAAUUUAUUACUUGGGGUGGUCUCCCACUUCAAAAAAAAAAAAAAAUUCCCAACUUUUCAUCGCAUUUUGAAAACCAAUUCCGAUUGAAUUGUGGCCACCCCCCAACACAAGUUUUUAGAGAGAGAGAGAGAUAUAUAUAUAUAUAUAUAUAUAUGGGUUAUAUUCAAUUUGAAGACUAGUUUAUGAAACAAUAAAACAAAGUUUUGCAGGAUCUUGAUGAGCUUGUUAAGUGCUUCUUUGAGUUA